AUGGAUGUGACGCUGCUGGACUAUGGCGCGGGAAACGUCAAGAGCGUCUUCAAUGCGAUCCAGUCAUUGGGGUACAAGGUGCACUUCGUUGAAACGCCCGAGGACAUCUUGAAGGCUGAGCGGCUGAUCUUCCCGGGUGUGGGCGCCUUCGGCGCCUGCGUGGACGCGCUGCAGCGGAAGGGCUUCAUGGAGCCCUUGAGGCAGUACUUGAAAGAGGACCGGCCCUUCUUCGGCAUUUGCCUGGGCAUGCAGACCCUCUUUGAAGGAAGUGAAGAGUCGCCAGGUGUGCCUGGCCUGGGCUUGUUGCCGGGCCUGGUGCGACGCUUCCCCACCACGAGCCUGGCGGUGCCAAACAUCAACUGGAGUGGUGUAGCACCCAUGCGCUUGGAGCCCUGGCCUUUGGAGAAGGACCAGCCCCGCUGCUAUUUUGUGCACUCCUAUCGGGUGCCCAUGCCUGAAGGCGCUGCGCCCUGGGCCCUGGCCUGCUCUGAGUACGGCGAGACCUUCGUGUGCGCUGUGCGCCAGGGCCGCUGUGUGGCUACGCAGUUCCACCCCGAGAAGAGUGGAACCGCUGGCUUGAAGAUCCUCCAAUCCUGGCUCCAGGGCAGCGCGCCCAGCGGCGCCGCCGCCGAGGCGCCGGCCGCGGCGCCGGCGAUGCCCGCAGUGCCGGCGCGGCGGAUCAUCGCGUGUUUGGACGUGCGGUCCAACGAUGCAGGGGACUUGGUGGUCACCAAGGGGGACCAGUACGACGUCCGUGAGAAGGGCGAGGUGCGCAACCACGGGAAGCCCGUGGCGCUGGCAGAGCGAUACUACCAGGAUGGCGCCGAUGAAGUCUCCUUUCUGAACAUCACAGCAUUUAGGGAUAUGGUCUUGACCGACCAGCCGAUGUUGGAAGUGUUGCGCCUCUCCGCGGAGCGGAUCUUCGUGCCGCUGACGGUGGGCGGCGGCAUCCGUUCGUAUGUCGAUGCCAAGGGUCAAAGCUACUCGGCGCUGGAGGUGGCAGAUGCCUAUUUUCGGGCAGGGGCAGACAAGAUCUCGAUCGGCUCCGAUGCCGUGGAGGUGGCGCGGGCCUUCUAUGCCGCGGGCCGGAAGGGCGAUGGCAGCUCUUCGAUUGAGCUGAUCAGUACCAAGUACGGUCGCCAAGCAGUGGUCAUCAGCGUCGACCCUCGCCGCGUCUACGUGCCCGAUGCCGCCGCGGCGGCGAACCACGCUGUGGUCGAGCUGAAGGAAGGGACGCCCAAGGGACCCAAGGGUGAAGGCUUCGCCUGGUACUGCUGCACCGUGAAGGGUGGAAGAGAAGACAGCGAGCUUGAUGUCGUUCAGCUGGCACAAGCGGUGGAAGCACUCGGUGCUGGAGAACUGCUUCUCAAUUGCAUCGACCGAGAUGGGCAAGGCACUGGAUAUGAGCUUGAACUGAUCAACCAGGUGAAGACCGCCUGCACCUUGCCGGUGAUUGCCUCCAGCGGCGCGGGGACGCCCGAGCACUUCGAGGAGGCCCUGGCCACGGGCGCCGACGCGGCGCUGGCCGCGGGGAUCUUCCACCGGGAAGAGGUUGAGUCGAUAGUCGAAGCAACCCAGAUGCUGGUCUCAGAUAGACGGCCAUUGCAACUCAUGGCAGCUGUGGGUGAGGGUUCCUUGAACCCCUAUGCGGGCGGCCGCUGGAAGAUCAAGGCGCGUGUGUUGACCAAAAGCGACAUCCGGAAGUUCAACAACAGCCGCGGCGAGGGCCAGCUCUUCAAGGUGGACCUGAAGGACCAGUCGGGGGAGAUGUCGGCCACCUUCUUCGGCCGCGCGGUGGACAAGUACCACGGCAUGCUGAAGCCCGGCCAGGUUUAUACCUUCACGCGCGGGCAAGUGAAGACGGCAAACAAGCGCUACGACACCGGGGACUUCGUGCUCACCUUUGAGGAGCAGGCGCAGGUCGAGGCCUGCGAGGAGGAUCAGAGCAUUCCCCGGAUCGGCUACGAGUUCCGUCCCCUGUGCGACGUGGCGGCGCUGGCUCCGGAGGCGCUGGUCGACGUCAAAGCCGCCGCCUGGUGCCGAAGGGAAGGGGUGAAGGAUGAGGUCAUCUACUCCGUUCCUCCACCGUUCACCUUCGUGGCCAAGACCUCCAACCGGGAGAUGACGAAGCGGGAGAUUGGACUUUGGGACCCCAGUGGCCCGGCAGGCUACAGCACCAUGGAGCUAACCCUGUGGAACGAGAGCGCUUUGGGCAGCGACUUCCAAGUGGGCCAGGUGGCCUUCUUGAAGAAGGCACGUGUCACGGAGUUCAACCAGCAGAAGUCCCUGGGCAGCCCGGCACAGCUCGAUCUGAACCCUGACCACCCGGACCGCUCCUCCGGCACCGCACCGUUCUUCCCGCCCGUAUCUGGACCGACCCGGUCGUUCGCAUCCACACCGCACGUCGACCACCGGUGCCAUGGGUGA